UCCAUAUCUUACGCACUUGUUGUAAAAAUUCUGUCAUUCGCAAUAAUAAGAUCGCGAGAUUAUUGAAUCGAAAUACGAACAAGUAAAAACUUGUUGCACGUAGGUCUCGCCUGUUCAAUCUAGGAUAUUCAUUCGUGUUUGUGUCACAAUGGAUCGUCAUUUAUCAGUUAUCGUUCACGGAUGGAAAAACGGAGUAAAUAAUUCACCUGAUUUCGUGGUUCUCGAGAAGAUAAUCAAAUUCAAGGGAAAGAGACUCAAAGUGGAUUUGUUUACAGAAGAAUCAAUCAAAGUCCUUGAUUAUGUCAAUCAAACCUUAACGGCGGAGCGAUCUGCAUCAGAUUCUGCAGAAGGUGUUAACUCCAAUUUCACACCUGUUCUAUUCGUUUACGGUAGAACAGGUAGUGGCAAGACUACUUUGCUGUUUGGCGACGAUGAUCGCGGCACUGCAGGGAUCGUUAACGAGUUCUUUAAAAACUCUGAUGGCGAUGGCGUUGAGUUCAUAGCGGAAGAAUUUUCGGAGAACAAGUUCCGAGAUAUGGUUAGGACUGCCGACGUUAAUCAUACUCGGAGUGUAUUCAUUCCUCUUGAGUCUCUCCAACCUGCGCCAAUCAGGAAGCUGACUUCCCGGAUCAGCAACCGGUUGCGAGACAACAACGGGGUCCAUUUCAACUCCUCCCGAGGAGUUGUCCUUUUGCAAGUGACCAAGAGGAGCACAAACAGGAAACUCAUAGUGAUCGACAUGCCGGGCCUCGAUAGACCAGAAGUAGAGGCGUCCCGCCCAAGUGGGUCUCCAUCUGUUGCGGCAAAUUCAUCAACAAUUUGGAUCAAUAAGACCAUUAGUGGAUUCCAGCAGUACAUGAAUCGGCCGUGGCGACUCACCCCUGUACAUCCACUGUGGAAGGUCAUUGGUGAAGCGCUACCAUCAAAUGCAAUGUAUUUUUUGGUAGCGUGCGUAAGGGCACCGUAUGAAGACCACAGCAUAAGGUCUACAUUUGACUUUUUGUGGAGUUUUUCGGAGAGGAGAGUCGAUGGCAGUGCCAACGGGUCACCGAGGACUCCCGAAGGCUCAAGAACACCAACCGCCACGUCGAGUAAUUUCUUGACGGUGCCUGAUGUGGCAGUUAGAAUUAAUGACCAGAGCGAAUCAGCUCUGGUCAUUAAAUUGAAAGAAGAACUGGUGGAGGCUCGGCGGGAGAUCCAAGAGCUCAAAGACCGGGCAAACUUCACAAACAAAAUGUUUGCCGCGGUCGUUAAGGAGAGAGAUGAGCUGAGGCGGAAAGUUGAGAAUAUUCAUCGUGAUCGCCCAACAGGUAAUCCUGCAGCAAAUUCACCAGCAGAUCGACCAGCAGAUCGACCAGCAGAUCCAUCAGUGAGCCCACCAGCAAGUCCACCGGCAGAUCUACCAGCAGAUUCAACAGCGAAUCCAGCAGUGAGCCCACCAGCAAGUCCACCAGCAAGUCCACCGGCAAGUCCACCGACAAGUCCACCGGCAAGUCCACCUGCAAGUUCACCUGCAAGUUCACGAGCAGGGAGUCCGGCAGCAAAUUCACCGGCAGAUCAACCAGCAGUGAGACCAACAGUGGGUCCACCAGCAGAUCCAACAGCGAAUCGAGCAGUCAUCCCAACAGUGGGUCCAGCAGCAAGUUCUUCAAGACCGAGAAUAGCUUCACCGCAGCCAGGUCCGAGCUCAGCAGUGGUUAGUGCCAGGUCGAGUUCAGACUCUGACCGAUCGCCUUCGCCACCAGCUACCCGGUCCAGAAGAGCGAGAGUGUCCGAUCAUCCUGUGCGAUUUCCAGAUGGGAUCGAUAGAAAAUCUCGCAGGAAGAUAUUUUUAUAUCCGGAAAACGCCACCAAAGAAGAGCAGAUCCAAGCCAUGAUCCACCAUCUUGGCUUGGAUAACAUCGCUGAUGUUCCGCGAAUUGGGCCAUCUUCAGUAGAAUUAUUUCCAGUCAACGACCCUCGUGGUUUUAAAGAUGUUGACUGGAGUCAGCACCUAAGACCGGUGGAUAAUUCAGUGGCACUUAUUGAAUGUAUCCAUUGCCAGAGGAGUCUAGCCAGACAUUCCGCCGUCUUCCAUAUCUGGAUGGUACACUUGCGCCAGUCGGUAAAGUGUGGAGUAGAUGGAUGCGAUGAAGUUUUCAGGCAGAUCCCGGUCCUGAAACAACACAGGCAAGAGGCGCACGGGAUGGCGAAAGAACGCAAAAAAAAUAAAAAAAAAUAAACUAAAUAAAUUAUUAUUAUUUUUUUUUUUAAU